CAUAGACUGUCGACUCACAACCGUGAGUUUUUCUGUCUGGUUCGCAACCGCGAGAGAAGAUUCUACGAAGAUGUGCAUAAAACCUUUUAUCGUCAUACGACUGGUGCUUGUUGUAUUUCUCCCCACUGGCGAGAACUGAAAACAUGCACUCGCAAGCUAUGGCUUCUGUAGGAUUUCUUCUUCAUUCCCCAAAGCUCUUGUCUGCUCACACUUCACUUAAUUCACCAUCUUCUUCUCGCUCUUUUGGUUGUAUGGUUCCUGGAAAAAUUCACGGAUGGAGUGACUUAAAAGUAAGUAGCAGAUGUCAUGGGAAGAAAAUUUUUUCCUUGAGAUCGGCUGUAGAUGAGGUUUCCGUUAUUGACCCACCUCCAUCUCAACCUGAUGGCGACAAGAGCCAAUUCGUUGCCUCUUUGAAAGUAAAGUUAUUGAGUGCUGUUUCCGGACUUAAUAGAGGUCUUGCUGCAAGUAUAGAUGAUCUACAAAAAGCAGAUGCGUCUGCAAAAGAGUUAGAAGCUGUUGGUGGGCCAGUGGACCUCACAGUUGAUCUCGACAAGCUGCAAGGAAGAUGGAAACUCAUAUACAGCAGCGCUUUCUCCUCCCGCACUCUAGGUGGAAGCCGUCCUGGACCUCCCACUGGAAGGUUACUUCCAAUAACUUUGGGGCAGGUUUUUCAACGCAUUGAUGUCCUGAGUAAAGAUUUUGAUAAUAUAGUAGAACUUGAAUUGGGAGCUCCAUGGCCAUUUCCACCUGUUGAAGUGACUGCUACAUUAGCCCACAAGUUUGAACUCAUAGGAACAUCAAAUAUCAAAAUAACAUUUGAGAAAACAACUGUAAAAACAACUGGGAACCUAUCACAACUUCCACCUUUAGAUGUGCCUAGAAUUCCAGAUGCCUUGAGGCCCCCAUCUAACACGGGAACUGGUGAAUUUGAGGUUACCUAUCUCGAUGCUGAUACACGAAUCACCAGAGGCGAUAGAGGGGAGCUUAGGGUUUUUGUGAUCUCGUAACAACUCGACAUGCACAGCUUCUUGUCACUUGAAUUGUAUUUGUACAUCAACUCCUGCUGUAUAUAUGAACGAGCUCAAAAAAAACUUUGGAGCAAGCAUUUGGUUUCUCCGAGGAAAGAGGAAAAAAUCAAGCAGAAUACAAUUAUAUGUUUUUGAUCUACAAAUCGAAUGGCAUUCUCCUGUUAUUGAUUCUUACUACAUUUGGCAACUCAAUGUUAUGCAGAUGAAUCUUCACAGAGCAGAUUGCCAUAAAGAUGAGAAGAAGCAUCCACAAUAAUUUCUUAUUCUGCACAACUAAUUCGUGCAUGUUCUUCUAUUUACUUAUGUAGAUAUAUUUGUUUGCUAAAUCACAUUUGUAGUCUCCAAAAUUUGAGCAAAAUUUUAAUUUGGUCCUUAAAAGUGUUUUGUAUAUCUGAAA